UCAUGUGAUCAGCUGUGUCCAAUCACAGCUGAUCACAUAGGAGAGCCGGUAAUCGGCAUUCCUCAGAGGAGACAUGUACACUGAUCAUCAGGGCACUGAUGAUCAGCAUGCCCUGAUGAUCAGUGUAGCCCCUGCAGUGCCAUCUGUCAGUGCCCAUCAAUGCCAGCUGUCAGUGCUCAUCAAUGCCACCUGCCAGUGCCUAUCAGUGCCUCAUCAAUGCCAAAUAUCAGUGCCUGCCAGUGCACAUCAAUGCCACAUAUCAGUGCCUAUCUGAGCUGCCUUUCAGUGCCACCUAUUAGUACCAGGCAGUGCCACCUAUCAAUGCUAGUCA